UUUUUGGUUCACUCACUCGGCGGUGACUCUCUAAAACCCUCCUUGGUUUCUUCGAGUAAUGGCCGAUGAGAUAAGUUCUGCUGGCACUGGCGAUGGGUUUAAUCGAAGAUUUUCGGCAGCUGAGAACCCCCAGUUUCCUCUGCAACCCAUUGAUUCUGCCUCUGAGAUCUCUACCGACGAGAAUAAAUUCCCUUCGAUCGCCUCGAAUCAGAAGCAGGACUUUGAAGUAAUGAUAAACGGUAAAAAUUCCGCUUCUGGGUUCUCCGCCAAUGUUUUCCAUUGCGCUGCAGAAGAGAACCCAGAAAUUACAGAAACUUCUGUCGAAAAGAUGGUCGUGUGCGAUUCGGCUUCUGAAAACGGAGGAAGCAUUACAAGCCUGGUGGACGAGGUUAGGAAUCUUGAUUCGGGGCUUGAAAUUGAAAAAGAAUCUUCCAAGGUGGACGAUGUCCGCCACUUUGAAACGUUCGAYGCCGUGGAAGAUGGUAAUCAAGAAGUCGCGGUGGAUGAAGUUGAAGAGAAAGAUUUUGCAAGAAGCAUGCCGAGUCUUGAUAGAAAUCAAGAUUUUGCAAAGAAAGAACUUGUUCAAGAAGUUCAGUUGUCUGCUGCUAUUGAAGCCGACGGCAAAGAAGCCUUUGCGCGAUCGGAAGAGCUGUUGAGGAAAGAAGCUGCUUCUGCGAGCUUUCUGGAAAUGAAAAAGAAAUUACUAUUGGAGGAACUCGAAGCCAUGUUGGUUCUUGAAGAAAAGGGAAAGAACCCCCCUAACUCAGAAGGGAUCGUGGAUAAUUGCAGCAUGAUUCCUAUUGUUAAGGGGAAGAUUGCUGAUCAGCAAAACGUUUCCGAGAACAUGAAUGUUCUCAGACGAAGUAAUUUGUCACUCAGAAAUUCAUUGAAGAUUGAAGUAAUAGACGAGACUGCAUUAGUUGAACCGGUUCAUGUUUCUGAAAUUGGAAAUGGAGAAGAGAUGGGUAUUGUUUGUCCAUCUAGGUCAAUGCAGAUCAAAUUGAACAAGUAUGUUGAACCUGAAAAAGGAGGUAAAAAGGCUAAACGAUCAAGGAGGAGGGCAAGGGAAGCGAAGAUUCCUGAGAUACAUGGGAAGCUGUGGAAUGUCAACGAGCUUGAUAAAUUCAAUGCUCGUCAAAAAAAUAUGGAAGGAAACAAGAUAGUGUAUUCAAGGAAGGAUAUGGAAGCACUGAGGUUUGUGAAUGUUGCAGAACAGAGGAGAUUGUGGAAAGCUAUAUGCAAGGAACUUAUGCCCGUUGUGGCAAGGGAAUACAGUAGCUUAACAAGCUCGAAUUCCCAGAUGAAGAUAGGCUCCACCUCUGAUUCUAAACAACAUUUGGAGAAGAGAGACGAAGCCUCUUCAAUUAUAAGGGAGGGAUGUUCAGAAAGCUUGGACGGUGAGAUAGAGGACAUGGAAGGUGAUAGUGAAAUUAAAAAUUUUGUAUCCUCGGAUCCCUCUUGCAGUCUUAGUGUCAGUGAGGAUGGCAAUACAAUUUUGGAUGAGUGCAGUGGAGAUAGUGAUGAUGAUAAAUAUUACCACAGUAUUCAGCGACCUGCCUUUCUGGUGGAGGGAGAACCUGAUUUUGAUUCAGGACCUCCAGAAGAUGGAUUAGAGUAUCUGAGACGUGUUAGGUGGGAAGCUUCCCGUAUUCCAAACGUGACGGUGGCAAAGGUUGAUACAAGUAAUUUGAAGAAAGAGCAAAGUGUCUAUAUGCCAGUGAUUCCUGCAAUUGCCGACUGCCCUCAGCAUUUACUGCCUUCAAAACAGUGGGAGGAUGCAUUUCUUGCUGAUUUUUCUCAGCUGCGACAGGCUCUGUCUCAAUCUGAGGGAUUUAUACAGUCUGAUUUCAUCCUCCAUGAAAAGAUCGAUUUGAUAAGCCCGAACUUGAUUGAUCAGCCGAGUGUCUUGCCUGCCAACAACAUCGACUCCCAGCAACCUGAGAAACCAAUUGCUAACACCAUAGCAAAGGAAAGCAAUUGCAUGGACCAUCCAUCUGUAUCGGCAAUCUCGAAGAUGAGCUCUGUGUUUCGUGUUUCGUCGUUGAGGAAACGUAUAAACUUGGUAGAAACACACACAACACUCUCGAGGGCUGAUUGUGCUUGGCUGUUUGCUUUAAGUGCAGCAAUUGAUACUCCUCUGGAUGCAGAUACUUGUGCUGCUUUCAGGAGCCUGCUUCGGAAAUGUGCUAGCUUGCGGGCCGAGAAGACCGAGCUCGAUGACGAGGUGAUAAUGCUCAACAUUCUUGCCGCCAUUUCUGGAAGGUACUUUGGACAGUCGGAAAAUUGAAGCUAUGGUGGGAUGACUAAUGCCUCAUCUUUUUCUCCAGAGUUAAAAUAGUCUUUGCUAGGAGGAUGGCGAUCUUCACUUCUGAAUAUGAAACCUUGUUUGGAGACUGGUUGACAACAUAACUUGUACAUUAUUUACUUUUUUUUUGUGAAAAAUCAAAGUGUGUUAAUGAUUUUUUUGGAUUACGUAAUCAAUCUAUAUUUGAUGAUUAAGUGGAAGG